UAGGAAGCACAAGAACCUUAUCUUUUACUAGGUUGUAGAAUCUUCAAUCUCACCCUCUUCUCUCUCUAUCUCUCUCUGAGUGUGACUCCCAUAUGCAAAGCAUGGCUUCCACACUCAGUCUUCUCAAGCUUCCCAUUCUUCCAACCAUCACCAAGACACGCCAAACAACCUCAAAACAUGUUCCACUUCCAUCCAUAUCUUCCAAACUCAACAUUGUCCCAACCCCACAAAAGUUUCUAGAUCAAAACAUUAAUACUCUCAAACACACUUCUCUUUCCCUCACAGCAAUCACAUUACCGUUCUUGCUGGAACAGAAUGAUGCACUUGCUGUUGGUGGAGAGUAUGGGAUAUUCGAAGGAAGAACUUUUGCUCUUAUUCACCCCAUUGUGUUGGGUGGUUUGUUCUUUUAUACCCUUUAUGCAGGCUAUUUGGGAUGGCAAUGGCGUCGAGUUAGGACGACUCAGAAUGAGAUUAACGAACUCAAGAAACAAGUCAAGCCUGCUCCUGUCACCCCUGAUGGUAAAGCACUGGAAACUUCACCAUCACCUGUUGAACUCCAAAUUCAGCAACUUACUGAGGAGAGGAAAGAGCUUAUCAAAGGUUCAUAUAGGGAUAAACACUUCAAUGCAGGAUCUAUACUUCUAGGAUUUGGUGUCUUUGAGGCUGUUGGUGGAGGAGUCAACACAUGGUUAAGGACAGGAAAGCUAUUUCCUGGUCCACAUUUAUUCGCAGGAGCAGGUAUUACGGUCUUAUGGGCACUGGCAGCAGCGCUAGUACCACCAAUGCAGAAAGGGAGUGAAACAGCCAGAAAUCUCCAUAUCGCGCUGAAUACGUUGAAUGUUCUGCUCUUUAUAUGGCAGAUUCCCACUGGACUUGAUAUUGUAUGGAAAGUGUUUGAGUUCACAAAUUGGCCUUGAAUGUAAGAUUCUCAUGUAUAACAGGUAUUUAGUAUUCUCGUAAAAUCAAUAAAUGCAAAAUUUGCACAUUUUUCUUUUGCAUUGUAACAUAAUUGUGUCAGUCGAGUAUUGGAUAACUGUAUUACACCAUUCUUUUGUAUACUGUAGUAUAUAUAGAGAAAUGUUCUUUCAUUCAAA